UGGGAACCCCAUUCCUCUGAGGCAAGGUCUGUGUGCUCCCCACAACUGCAAGAGCUCAAGUGUGGCCUCCCCCUUCACUUCCAAGGGACAGGGCAGGAUGAGCCGGUCAAGACACAUAGGCAAGAUCCGGAAACGUCUGGAAGAUGUCAAGAACCAGUGGGCCCGGCCGACCAGGGCUGACUUCAGUGACAAUGAGAGUGCCCGGCUGGCCACAGAUGCCCUCUUGGAUGGGGGCUCUGAGGCCUACUGGCGCGCACUCAGCCAGGAAGGUGAGGUGGACUUCCUGUCCUCGGUGGAGGCACAGUACAUCCAGGCCCAGGCCAAGGAGCCCCCCUGUGCCCCGGAUCCUGCAGGAGGGGCCGAGACAGGCCCCAAGGGACUGGACUCCUGCUCCCUGCAGUCAGGUACCUACUUCCCUGUGGCCUCUGAGGGCAGUGAGCCAGCCCUGCUGCACACCUGGGCCUCGGCUGAGAAGCCCUACAUGAAGGAAAAGUCCAGUGCCACCGUGUACUUCCAGAUGGACAAGCACAACAACAUCAGAGACCUCGUCCGCCGCUGCAUCUCCAGAAGCAGUCAGGUCUUGGCCAUCCUGAUGGAUGUGUUCACAGAUGUGGAGAUCUUCUGUGACAUUCUAGAGGCAGCAAACAAGCGUGGGGUAUUCGUCUGUGUGCUCCUGGACCAGGGAGGUGUGAAGCUCUUCCAGGAGAUGUGUGACAAAGUCCAGAUCUCUGACAGUCACCUCAAGAACAUCUCCAUCCGGAGUGUGGAAGGGGAGGUGUACUGUGCCAAAUCAGGCAGGAAAUUCUCCGGCCAAAUCCAAGAGAAAUUCAUCAUCUCAGACUGGAGAUUUGUUUUGUCAGGAUCAUACAGCUUCUCCUGGCUCUGUGGACACGUGCACCGGAACAUCCUCUCCAAGUUCACGGGUCAGGCGGUGGAACUGUUUGACCAGGAGUUUCGCCACCUCUACACCUCCUCCAAGCCCCUGAUGGGCCUUAAGUCCCCAAGGCUGGUCGCACCCCUUCAGCCCAGCGUGGGCCCCAGUGUCCCCAAUGGCCAUCUCAGUGGAAGCAGCUGCUCUGCCAGUGACCACACAUCCUCCAACCCCUUCAGCAGCCUGUCAACAGGCAGCAAUCCCCACAACCAGAGUCUGUCUACGUCCUCGGGACCAGGCAGUCCCCUGGCCCCAAACCCACCCACACCACCCAGGUUUCAGCCCUACCAUAGCCCCUGGAGAGCCCCAGCUGCACAGGCCACCUUCUCCCCUAGGCCUUAUGACAACCCACAGGCUCCCUACAGCAACCUCAAGGCCUACAGGCCCACACGGCUGCAGUUAGAGCAGUUUGGCCUGGUGCCCAGGGUUACCCACUCCUGGAGGCCUUUUCUACAGGUCUCACCUCAUUUCUGAAGGUUCCCCUCCCCCUGCUGCCUUCC